UCGUCUCCUCCGUUGUCCCAUCGGAGCCACGCAGCUCCAGAAGGCGGCGGUAACGAGUUGUUUACCAAAAACCACAGAAGAAGAACGGAAGCAGCAGCAGCAGCAACGAACCGGAUGUAAACUCCGUGUCAUGGCUCCAUGUUGUUGGUAAAGAGCAGCUGAACAUCUUCCAUUUAUUUCUAGUUUUUUCAUCAGCGGACUCACGGCUGAACUUUGGUCCGCGUCACACGACUGAUUUCCCGUAAAACCGUCGUCUUUGUUCGUCACCAAGAAGCACAGCGACAUGGCGGCGAUGGAAACUUUUUGCCGCCAGACGGAGCUGAUACUGAAGAUGGCGGUGGAGUCGGUGACCUCCGUCCUCACUCAGAGGCCCGGGGGGCAGUGGACGGACAGCGGGGACCGCCCGGUGAAUGUGAGUGACGUCCUUCACAGCAUGUCUACAGAGGCUGUCCGCAAAAUCUGCUGCAUUUUCAAAGAGCUGUUCACGAGUUUAGAGGGAGAAACCGAGUCUCUUAGGAACCGAGUCAAACAUCUGGAAUCAGAACUGCAGACAGGAAACUGUGCAACCAAGAAGAUGCUGGGUCAGAACCAACCUAAAGCUGCUGGGGGCCUAAUGCCAGAUGGACCCGGUCCUGUAGAUGCUGCAGUUCUCACCACAACCUUUAGCUGCAAACCCCAACAUCUGCCUCACAGCCUCCAAAUCCAUCAGCAGAUGACAGCUCACAGCCAGCAGCUGCACAGACCAAGCACAGCUCAGAGAAGGAGCGGCCCAGACCUGCACGGGAACCCGGAUCAGACUGAGUUCCAGAGUCUGAAGGAGGCGUUCCUGCCUGAAGUGGUUUUAGAAACAAAUCCCAGAGAUUUAAUGCCAUUGCUUCCUGUGGUGACUGAUCAGCCCGUCGGUGAUGCCACAGGUGUGUCUGUGACGGCCAGUGAAGACCCGCACACACCUGACGAAGGUGACCGAGGUUCCACCUGCCACAUGAAGACAGAAACGGUGGUUGAGAAAAGUCCACCAGGUGCAAGUGAGGAGGAGCAGAAGGAGGCUGAGAGGAGGCGGCGCAGGGAGCUGUACAAGGAAAAGCGUUUCUUCUGUGAACUCUGUAACAAAGGCUUCCAUCAGCAGUACCAGUUAAGGAAACACACGUCCUCCCACCUCAAACCAUUUCCCUGCAGCUCCUGUGAUAAGGGCUUCUACAAAGCUAAGACCUUGCAGCGGCACCAGCUGAGCCACCGGCUGAGAGAAGCCCAGGAGAAUGACCCCGACAAGAUGCUGAGCUGCGACCAGUGCGACAGGAAGUUCCGGCUGCUGCGGCAGCUCCGGGUCCACCAGGCGACGCAUCGUCUAGAGGAGAUGCCGCUGAAGUGCCACGUAUGUGACCGCACCUUUACCUCUCCCAGCUCGCUACGCUACCACGAGGUGUCGCAUGCUGAGGUCAAGCCUUUCAUGUGCGACGUCUGCGGGAAGAGUUUCACCAGGAAGAAGAACCUCCGGGAGCACCAGACGGUUCACACGGGCGCCCGGCCCUACUCCUGCCAGACCUGUGGCAAGAGGUUCUCCACAGCCAGCAACUUGCGAGUACAUAAGAGGUCACACUCAGAGGAGCGGCCCUUCAAGUGCAGUGAGUGUGACAAGGCCUUUAAAUGUAAGAUGGGUCUGCUGCAGCACCGCGUGGUCCAUUCCGGAGAAAAACCCUUCAUGUGCCAGACGUGCGGCCUCAGUUUUGGACUCAAGUACAACUUCCAGAGACACCUGCGUCUCCACAAUGGAGAGAGGCCUUUCAGGUGUGAUAAAUGUGGGGAGGGGUUCACGGGGACCUGGGCUUUGAAGACCCACAUGUUGGUUCACGGUGUGGAGAAGCCGUUCAUGUGUGACCUGUGCGGGAAGACGUUUUUCUACAAUUGUCAGCUGCAAAAACAUCAGCAGCUGGUUCACGGCACUAGAGAUGGAGGGAAGGGUGGUGCUAAGAUGGAGGGGCUGUCGGGGCGGCGGAAGCCAAGCAGAGUCAAGCCCUUCAGUUGUAAAACCUGCCUGAAAAGCUUCAGCAGCACCUCCACACUGAGAACCCAUGAGAAGAGUCACGCUGAGAACAAAGAGUUCACCUGCGAACCGUGUGGGAAAUCCUUCCACCUGCGACACCUGUACCUGUAUCACCUGCGGCAGCACAGUGGCGACAGGCCGUUCGUCUGCAGCAUCUGUCAGAAAGGAUUCAUGUUGUCAUCGCAGCUAAAGCAGCACCAGCUGCUGCACACGGGGGUCAAACCCUACAGGUGUGAACAGUGCGGCAAAGAGUUCAGGACUCCGCAGAACUACCACCGCCACCUACUGGUGCACACCGGGGAGAAACCCUAUGAGUGCACAGUCUGCACCCGCAAAUUCAGGCAGUCCAACCAGCUCAAGUCCCACAUGCAGAUCCACACUGGCAUCAAGCUGUACAAGUGCGCCCACUGUAACCAGGGCUUCUCUGACUCCCGGCAGCUGAAGAAACACAGGUGUGGGGAUUAUGGUCCGAGCCUCCGCGACAGUGGAAGCACACGACCGAAAGACGAGAACAACUUCCACUGGACGGAUGACUUCACGCAGACUCAGCCUGUUGUGUCACCGUGAAGUGUUUAAUGAACAUCAGCACAAACUCAGGAACUUUGGUUAUAAGUUUACACUAAGUGUUGGAUCUGAGAUGUUUAGAGUUUUUUGAUUAUUAUUUUAAAUGUAAAUUGUUAGACAGUAAAUAAACACAACUUAUACUGGAGAAA